AUGGAUGGGCAACAGUUGAUGUCCAUGGUCAAGAUGAUCUCACGAAGGCUAGCAUUGAACGGGACAUUCUUCUGUUGUCAAUGGAGACACAGUGGACUUCGUGCGAUAAACAAGUUGCACCUCCUUGAAGCCCACCUUGCCGACUUCGUCGCAUCCCAUGGCUCAUGGCGGCCGGUGCUCCUCCAGGUGCCUCUGAAUCUUAACUUUGACUUGUGUAGCCACCGUCUGCAGGAAUAUCCUCGUUUCGAUUAUCUCUCUUAA